AUGUCUGCUGCCAUCCCGUCAGACAGCGACGACAGCUACGGCCGAAUCGUCAAUGUGAUCUCAUGGAUACUCUUGUGUGUAAUGGUUCUUACGGUGGGAACUCGAGCUGCGACGAAGUGGACCUUGAUCCGUCGGCUCGAAGGAGAUGACGUUCUCGCCCUCAUUGCUUUCACAUUCAGUAUCGGACAAACAGUUGCAUUGUCAGAAGCGAUUGCGAAUGGGCUUGGAGAGCAUCUUGGCACACUCAGCCCGUCGCAAGUCAGAAAUUUCCAGCAGUCAGUCUACGCUGCUGAUUUAUUGUACAUCGUUGUCUUAUGGUCGGCGAAAACGUCUGUACUCUUGCUGGUGAGGCAGAUUACUCCAGUCGCAUUGCACAAAAGGAUUACACUUUACGUGGGUUGUGGACUGGCCCUGUGGGCAGCAGUUGCAAUUCUCGCAGCGGCUGUGCAAUGUCACACACCGCACGUGUGGCAAUUUCUUGACAAUCAAUGCUUCGAUCGUUAUGCAUUCUGGAUUUACCUUGGUAUUUCCAGCAUCGUCGGUGAUACUGUUCUGAUCGUAAUACCUAUCGCCAUCUUUUGGAACGUCCAGAUCGACCGAAGGAGAAAGGCGACUGUAUGCGGUUGCUUUGCUUCUCGGAUUCUGGUGAUCGUAGCCACAGGACUACAGCUGGGCUUCAGUGGGCGAGCGCACGGCUCAACGGACCUAACACUCGAUCUGUGGCCUCCAGCUCUAUGUACUCAGUUCGUCCAGAAUCUGAGCAUCAUGACGGCCUGCGUUCCGUACCUCAAGCCUUUCUACCUCGGACUUGAAUCAGGUAUGAUUCGGACUGAUGACCUUCGAAGGCACGGUCUGAUCGGAACCUACGGAUAUGGAGAUGACGAAUCGGCAAAAGUCUCCAGCAGACGCGGUCCCCCGAACACUGUGGGUUCGGCAAAGAGUACGACUUCCCACGAACUCCGCAGUUUAGAUGUCGAGACCGCGGCCAGAAGCGCUCAGCUCAACCCGAAUAACCUGGUAGCCGUCGAAGCCAGCAGUGGUGUCAAGGCCGCGGAUUGGGACCAAGAAAGCCAGACCAGUCAGUCUAGGAUCAUCAAGCAGACCAGAACGUGGGGUGUCGAUUUCGAGAGCCAAGACUCCAACCCCGAAGGUUUACCUGUGCCAGCCUGGACGCAAGGGACCUGGGGGAAAUCUUCGUAUCGAGCGUCGUAA